CGGGAGCUCGGGCUGCGGGCAGGCGGCGAGCCGGGGACGCGGCGGAGGUGGGGGUCCGGGCCCGGGUCUGGGUCCGAGACGGCGGGGGCCGCACCGCGAGUGAGAGGGACAGACAGACGGGGAGGGACGCUGAGAGAGCCGACAGAGGCAGGGAAGAGACCCCGCACGCAGAGACAGAGAGCCCGGGAGCCCGAGGACGGCGGGAGAGAGAGAGGGACGGGGGAGAGACAGAGACAGAGACAGGCAGAGGGGCGGAGACCCGGGGGUCGGGCAGCCCGCCCCGGGGGUCCGGACGGGAGGUGAAAGUAGGGUGCCGAGGAGGGGCCGGAGUCAACCUGGGCGGGCGGCGGGGAGGAGGUGCCGCAGGCGGCCGAACCUAUGGGCCCCCGGAGCCCCGCGCCCUGAGCCCCGCGCCGGGGCCGGCGAUGCUGAUGCCCAGGCGGCGCCGAGGGCGCGGCGCGGGGCAGCGCUGAAAGUUGGGCGGCCUGCGGGGCGCGGCGCGGGGCAGCCGGCGCGGAGACCCCCGCAGACCCGCCGGCAGCCGAGAGGGGGCGGGCCGGCUCGCCAGUGCUGGCGCAGGGGCGCCUGGACACCCCGCUCCCGCCCGCCGCUGCGCCGUGACAUGUAGAACCCGCCGGCUUGCUGCUUCCCUCCCGGACUCCCGUCGGACCCUCCGCCCCGCGGCCCUGCAUCUGCCCAGGUGAGCACGCCGGCCUCAGGACAUGCUCGGGCACAGCCGCAACGGGCAGGCCCACGUGCCCCGACGGAAGCGCCGCAACCGCUUCGUCAAGAAGAACGGCCAAUGCAACGUCUACUUCGCCAACCUGAGCAACAAGUCCCAGCGCUACAUGGCGGACAUCUUCACCACCUGCGUGGACACGCGCUGGCGCUACAUGCUCAUGAUCUUCUCCGCGGCCUUCCUCGUCUCCUGGCUCUUCUUCGGCCUCCUCUUCUGGUGCAUUGCCUUCUUCCACGGUGACCUAGACGCCGGCCCCGCGGUGCCCGCGCCCGGCGCCCCUGCCAGCCCCGCGCCGGCCGCGCCCCGGCCCUGCAUCAUGCACGUCAACGGCUUCCUGGGCGCCUUCCUGUUCUCGGUGGAGACGCAGACGACCAUCGGCUACGGCUUCCGCUGCGUGACGGAGGAGUGCCCCCUGGCGGUCAUCGCCGUGGUGGUCCAGUCCAUCGUGGGCUGCGUCAUCGACUCCUUCAUGAUCGGCACCAUCAUGGCCAAGAUGGCGCGGCCCAAGAAGCGGGCGCAGACGCUGCUGUUCAGCCACCACGCCGUCAUCUCUGUGCGCGACGGCAAGCUCUGCCUCAUGUGGCGCGUGGGCAACCUGCGCAAGAGCCACAUCGUGGAGGCCCACGUGCGCGCGCAGCUCAUCAAGCCCUACAUGACCCAGGAGGGCGAGUACCUGCCGCUGGACCAGCGGGACCUCAACGUGGGCUACGACAUCGGCCUGGACCGCAUCUUCCUGGUGUCGCCCAUCAUCAUCGUCCACGAGAUCGACGAGGACAGCCCGCUCUACGGCAUGGGCAAGGAGGAGCUGGAGUCGGAGGACUUUGAGAUCGUGGUCAUCCUGGAGGGCAUGGUGGAGGCCACCGCCAUGACCACCCAGGCCCGCAGCUCCUACCUGGCCAGCGAGAUCCUGUGGGGCCACCGCUUCGAGCCUGUGGUCUUCGAGGAGAAGAGCCACUACAAGGUGGACUACUCGCGCUUCCACAAGACCUACGAAGUGGCCGGCACGCCCUGCUGCUCCGCCCGAGAGCUCCAGGAGAGCAAGAUCACCGUGCUGCCUGCGCCCCCGCCCCCGCCCAGUGCCUUCUGCUACGAGAACGAGCUGGCCCUCAUGAGCCAGGAGGAAGAGGAGAUGGAAGAGGAGGCGGCGGCUGCAGCAGCUGUGGCCGCUGGGCUGGGCCUGGAGGCUGGCUCCAAGGAGGAGGCAGGCAUUAUCCGCAUGCUGGAGUUCGGGAGCCACCUGGAUCUGGAGCGCAUGCAAGCCACCCUCCCGCUGGACAACAUCUCCUACCGCAGGGAGUCCGCCAUCUGACCUCCUGGCCCUGCCCUCGCCGCUGCCCACAAGAGAUCCUGCCGGGCUGGAUGCCAGGACACCCCCCCACACACACACUCAGGACAGCGCUUACCUGGCUCUGUGGACCUCCUGGCAAGGGAAGGGGACUUCAAGGACUGGGGAGCCCCUUCCUCCCGAUUCCAGAGCCCAGGCCUGGGAAGGAGCCAGGCUACCCCCUGGUCCUGACAGUGCCGACCCGCCGGCCUCUCUCUGGGCCACCAGACCCACCACCGUUCCCCACCAACCCUUCAUGGACCUGCCCCUUUGCCCUCAGAACCUUGGGGAAGGCGGCUGGACUACUAGGGGUGGGAUGGGAAUCCUGGGGUUCUGGGGGGGACGGGAUAAGUUCGGGGCGGGGGAGGGUGGGGGGUGAGUUUCUUUUGCAUGACUGUGGCCUGUUGCUCAUGACGUUCUUUUGUAAAUAUCAACACCUGGGAGAGAUGGAUGUACUACAUCCGCCUUCUACCGUUUCUACCUGCAGGACAAGGAGCUGCCUCUCUCUGCACCUGUCCCCUUCCCCACCUGCCCGGCAAGCCCCACCCCACACCCUGCCUGAGUGGUCGGUUCCUUGAGACCCUCUACAUCAGUCAUCUUGGUCCCCAGAUGGUGCUGGGCUUGGGUGCGAGGUGGGACUCUAGGGGGCAGGUCAAACCCCUCCCCGUGGUCCUCCGGGCCCAGCCCAGAAUGACAAUGGAGUUUGUAACUAUAUAUUUUUAAUAAAGUUUCUGGUCCACUA